UCCUCCUCGCGGAACCCCAGCUGGAAGGCGGGCGCGGGCGGAAGCUCCAAGGGGGGCGGUGGCGGAGGAGGCGCGGAAGGCGCAGGGGGGCUGGGCGGGGGGAAGGGCGGAACGGAUGAGGGCGCGGGGGCGGGCAUGGGGAGGGCGGAUAGCGCCCCAGAGGCAUCCGCGUUUAGCGUCAGUCAGGAUAGUAGCACAAGACCAACAGCAGAGGCAGCAGGCGGAGGGGGAGGUGGAGGGGCGGGGGGGGCUAGGGUUUCCGCCCAGGCCCCCGUUUCCCCAGGGCGGGGAGGAAUUGACCUUCUGCGCUCCCCCACCUCCGCUGCCUCCCCUGGUGGCGGAAGCGACUCUCAGGGGGAUUUAUUGAACCAGCUGCUGCAGCAGAAGCAGCAGCAGAUGCGCCAGCAGGGGGGGAGCGGGGGAGGGGGAGCAGGGGCGCUUGGGGGGAGCCAGCCGCGCCAGAUGGGGGGGAAGCAGGCGCAGUCCAGCAGCAGUGGCGCGGGGAUAGGCGCGGGGGGAAGUAGCAGCGGCGCUAAGGGCGGAAAGGGCGGAAAGGGCGGAAUGUCUGUAGAGGAAAAGGUACUGGCGGAGUUAGUAGCUGCAGCAGCGGCAGGGAAGGGGAAGAUGGGGGAGGCGUGGGGGUCUAUUCUCGCCCAGGCGCAAGCAGACCUGGGGAACAUCGAGCUCUCUGAUUCGCUGGGCGCGGAAGGGGGCGGGCGCGGGGGGAUGGGUGGCGGGGGAAACGCGGGGGGGGAGGAUAUGCAGGAGGGGAGUCGAGGGGUUGGGGAAGGGGAUGGGGGAGGGGAGAUGGAGGUGGAUGGAAAAGGGAGAGGGGCAGGAGGGAGUGGUGGGGGAGUGUUAGAGGAGUCAGCUCAAAGCAGGCCGGGAACAGGACAAAGCCGGGGAGGGGGAGCAGCAGCAGCAGCAGGUGGAGGAGGAGGAGGCAGACAGGCCACCAGUGAGAACAACAUAUUCAAUCUUCAAGCGAGUGCGGUGAAUGAUCUUUUAGAGGGGAUAAACAUUGCCGGAUUCGGCCUGAAUCUGGACACAUUAGAGUUUGACACGUCAGAAUCAGGCCAAUCCAGCUCAGUAUGCAUGAGCCCUGCCACGGCAGCAGAAGUCACGGGCAGCAGAGCGAAAAUCUCCUCCGCCAUGAGCCCCGCGGGGGCAGCGGCGGCGGGCAGCAGCCAAAAUCUUUUCGCGGGGAUGACCUCUAGAAGUCUCAACUCGCUCUCUCUGAAGAAAAACACCCCGUUAGGAGCAUCAGGUUCCCGUAGCAGCAUAGACGCAAAAGGUGGGGGAGUGCCUCUAGGAGGGGUUUCCCUGGGAGGGGGUUCCCUGGGGGGUCGUGUUUCGAGCCUGAACGCUGCUCCCUCCCGAAUGACUGCCCAGGACAACGGGGCUGGGCCCAAUGGGGAGAUCCCAGGAGGAGGGUCAGCGGCAGGGGGAGCAGCAGGCGGAGGAGGAGGAGGAGGGGGAGGGGGAGCGGGAGGAGGGAGUGGGAAGGAGAAGGCACAGGGGCGGCCGGCGGGGUGGCACGUGGGGCUGGAGCUUCUGCCUCUAGACACGCCCAUAGGCGACCUGCCUUCCACUGAAGUCUUUGAAAACUCUGGGAAGCGAAGCCGCGUGGCUCUCUCUCAUAUCCGCACCUCCAGUGGCGGCUCCUCCCUCCCAGAAUCCGAGCAGAAACAGCUGUUAGAGUUUGCUCGAAGCAGCGGUGUGCUAGGGAACAGCCCGGGUGGUGUGGGCGGGGGUGGGGGGACUCCUGGUGGGGGUGCUGCUGGGUUGGCGGGCGGGUCGAAUUGUUCGUCUGCCCGGACGCUGAGUCCGGCACUGAGCACGGAUUCCGGGCGGUCAGGUGGGGGGGAGAGCCCCGGUGGGUUCACGUCUUCAGGUGGUUCUCCAGGUGAUGGGUUUGCGAAUUCUGUUUUCGAAGGAGGGGGGUCUGGAGGGUCUGGAUCUGGGUCUAGUAAGCCAGGGAGGAGCCCGCAGCUUCCUGGAGAUUCACCAGGGCAAGGGGGGAGGGGGAGGAGUGGGGAGCGAGGGGGGCGGGGGGCGGGCGGGGGAGGGGCAGGAGGAGUGGGGAUGGGCAGUAGGGACGGCAGCAGGGAGAGGGUGAGAAGUGAGAGUCCCCUGCGGGGGGAGAGUCCCAUCCGGGGGCGGAGUCCCCUCAGGGGGGAGAGCCCCUGCAGAAAACGCGCAUGGGGGAGUGAUGUGGGGGAGGGGGAGGGUGACAGAGACGAGGCCAUGGGGCAGGGGGACGAGGCGCAGGGAGGGGGGGGCGCAGGGGGAGGGCGGAAGGGGCCGGGGGAAGGGGUUGGGGGGAGUUCGGGGCAGGUCAGUGGGGCGAACAGCGGGGGAGGGGGGAGGGCGAGGAGAGUGGGAGGGGGGAAGAAAGUGGGGGCGGGGGCAGGGGGGGGAGGGGGGACGUCUUCGGCUGGUGCUGCUAUUGGGGGGGGGAGUGGGGGUGCCCAGGGGGAGGCGUCAGGGGGAGAGGCGAAGAAGCAGAGGCAGAAGCGAGGGACGGCCACGGACCCGCAUUCGGUGGCUGCAAGGCUUCGAAGAGACCGCAUCAGCCAGCGCAUGCGGGCGCUCUACGAUUUGGUGCCGAAUGCACGCAACACAGACACGGCAUCCAUGCUGGAUGAGGCCAUUCAAUACGUGCGCUCGCUGCAGGAGCAAGUGCAGACUCUAAAGAAGGAGAAGGGAGACAGCCAGGUCACCUCCUCGGUCGGCACGGGCAGCCUGGGCCGGGCGGCAGACAGCAGCAAUAACGAGGAUGGCGAGGGUGGCACGAGCAGGAGCGUGGGGCAACAGAGUAUGGGCCAGGCUGGGUAUGGAGGUACGGAGGACGGGUUUGGCUCGGAGAAUGAGGUCUGGGACGGGAGUGCGGCGCCUUCCCCCAUGGGCAGCGGUAUGGGCAGCCGAAAAACUUCCCUGCAGCUGCUGGCUGACCGGCAAGGGAGUGGGGACUUUGGGGGCGUGGGACGCGAGGUCGGAGAUGCGAAGGUGGAGGCAGGGUUGAGAGGGGUUGGGGUGGGUGUGGAGGGGUAUAUGAAAGCCGAGCCAGAAAAUGACGAUUUUGCUGAGCCACAGGAGCUGGAGCAGAAGCAGCAGAAGCAGCACCAUUACAAUCACAACCAUCACAGUCAUCAGCAUUCACAUGCACUAGCCCCCUCAGGCUCAGAUGUGGGUAUCACAAGUGCUGCUGCUGGUCUGGCACCACUAGUAGCUUCAGCAGCAGGGGCUACAACUAAUGGAAGUGCUUUGGCAGGGGCGACUGGGGUGCUUGCUGCUUCUGGUUCGACGGAUGGGGCUAAGGGUGGUAACAACGGUGCACUUGUAACGGAAGGUGGCGGUGUAGCUGGAUUGGAGAGUAUGAUAGUGGGUGGUGCCGAGGUGGAAUGGCCGGGUGAGAUUGAGUUGACUCUGGAAGAUAUGAACAUGGUGGACCUUGGUGGCUCUGUUGGGUUCUGCCGAAUGGCCGUUUCCACUACUGCUUUCCAGCGCAAGUUCCUUUUGGAACGCGUGACUGUUGACAGACCAGGAUCAAGCCCGUGUUUGAGCACGUCCACGUCAGCAACCCCUUUCCGGCGAGCAUCGCCAGUCGCGGAGGCCCCCGCGGCCCCCGUCAGCUCCGCAUCUUCCGCCGGUCAGUCGCUGGCAGCCAGCUCCGUGCAUUCCGCUUCGGUAUCCGCGCCGUCGCCGCGCACGACCCUGCAUUCCGGCUUCGCAAGCUCAUCGCAACAUCACGUCAAUGGCUCUGCCGUCGCUUCCUCGUCGCGCUUCUCCGCGUCGUCCGCUUCCCCCGCUUCCGCCUGCGCCACUGAACUGGCGGACGACCUCUUCACCGCCGCGACUACGCGCGCAGCCGCGGCGGAAGCCCUUGCGCUCGCGCGCGCAGCGUUAGCCGUUGCGAAGGAAGCCGCGGAGCUGUCGCUAUCGGAGGAGGCGAUGGGCCUCUACGACGACGACAACGACGACGAAUAUGGGUUAACACAGGAGAGCUCGCUAAGUUCGCCGUUGUUAGGCUGGGGGGAGGAAGAGGAGGAGGGAGCGGACGAGAUUAUGGGCAGCGAUCAGCUGCAUCAUAUGUGGCUCUUAGCCGUCGAUAAGGUCACGCAUUUAGGGUCGUAUCGCGGCGCGGAAGACAGUCUAAGUUCAGAACUCCCCUUACCUUCCGCCUCCGCUUCUCCCUCUCCCUCACCGCCUGCCCCAGUUCAGCCGUCCCCAGUCGAACCUCCCCCCUUCCAACCGUUCUCAACCCAUCCGUUUGCCCGGCUUCCACAUGACUAUCUUCCCCAGGACCCUCCGCACCCGGACGGCCGUAUCUUAUCUACGGUAGAUCGGACGGCUCAGGGUAGUUUGCCGGCGGCGAGUGUUAGCGAGCAGCCGCACGCCGUCAAGCGCACCGCAAAGCCGAUUCGCGUGAGGAGAGCGGCGCGACAGGCGGGCAGGGCGUCAGGGGAGGGGAAGGCGGAGGCGGGUAGCGAGGCGCAAGCUGUUGGCGACGGGAAUGUGAGCGUGGACGGCGCGCAUCCGGCGGAGAUUGUCAUGUGGGCGGAAGACGCCGCGUAUCACGGGCUCGAGCGGGCGCUGGAAGACGGCGCGCGGGAAGCCGAGCGGAAGGCGGACCGGGAGGGGGAAGCGGAGCGGAAGCCGAAGCGCGUGGUGGUGCGCUCGCUAAAGAGGGGCAAGCGCCUCGCGGAGCGCGAAAAGUCCCUGCAGCAGCGCCAGGCCUCGUCAGCCGCCGCCGCCGCCGCCACCGCGGCGGCUCCCGCUGGGAGAAAGAAGCCGGCGCUCGCUCUGGGGGAGGAAGAGUCGGAAGCGGAAGAUGCGAUCGUAGCGGAGGGGUACAGGCGGGCAGCGAAUGAAUCGGUUUUCGCGAUGUUCGAUACGGCGGGUGGUAACCCUCGGCUGUUGUCCGUACAGGAGGAAGUCGAUCUCUCCAAGGGGGUUCAGGCGCUGCUGAAGCUGGAGCGCGAGCGGGAGGCGUUGGAGGAAAAGCUCCUCCGCGCGCCGACCCGCGCGGAGUGGGCGGAAGCGGCGGGGCUGUCCGUCGCGGAGGUGCAGGCGCGCGUGGCGUUCGGGAAGGAGUGCAAGCAGCGAAUGAUCGCGUCGAACAUGCGACUGGUGAUUUCCGUCGCGAAGAAAUACACGACGCGCGGGUUGUCGCUGGAGGAGCUUAUAACGGAGGGGUGCAUGGGGCUUUUGAAAGGGGUGGAGAAAUUCGACCACAGCAAGGGCUUUAAGUUCAGCACGUACGCGCAUUGGUGGAUCCGCCAGGCGAUCAGCCGCUCCGUCGCGGAGCAGAGCCGCAUCGUGCGACUUCCGGCGCACAUAUACGAGCUGGUGUCGCGCAUCAACCGCGCCAAGGCCAUGCUGACGGACGCGCUGGGGCGCGCGCCGGCGGAGCGGGAGGUAGCGCAGCUGGUGGGCAUCACGCGGGGCAAGCUGCGCAGCAUCAUGCGCACCGUGCGCGCACCCACCUCCAUGGACCGCCCUAUCGCCUCCGACGACGGGGAUGAGACCCUCGGGGCCUUUGUGGCAGACACGACUUUGGAGAACCCCGAGGACAUGAUCAUGCAGCAGCUCAUGCGCAAGGACCUGGAGAACGCCCUGCACACGCUGACGCCGCGCGAGAGGGAGGUGAUGUGGCACCGGUACGGGCUGGACGACGGGCGCGUGAAGACCCUUGAGGAGCUGGGGUCGCUGUUCCGCGUGACAAGGGAACGGGUGCGGCAGAUUGAGGGCAAGGCGCUGCUGAAGCUGAGGCAGCCGGGAAGGAGCACUGCACUCAAGAGCUACAUUGAGGGGCAUGCGCUGUAG